AUGUCCGUUCCUAUUCUCACUAUCCCAGAGUCCGCCUUUGACCCUAACGCAUACACUGCCGGCCGGAGACAGCAGACUAAGCUCAUCAAAUACCUUCUAAGCUUGACCCGUGGAUCCGCAGGACUUUUGGUUCUAGCUUAUUUGGUGGGACUUUUCGGUAUCAAGCCACUUAUGGAACUUGCAACGUCGCAGAGAUUAGACUUUCUCGAAGCCUGCCGAGGCAAGUUAAGGGACCUAUACUUGAAUGUGAUUGGCCGUGUCAACUACAUUCCAAUUGUGGCCAUCAACAAGAACGACGGGUCCGGGAAACGCUAUGCAGAUGCUGUCUGCCAGACAGAGGAUUUGAAUGCUAAGGAGCCACAGCCAGAAGCCUUGGGUCUUGAAGCUGUUCAAGCAAAACUCACCAAGCUUUCCGAUGUGUUGAGGCAGUGUGAUAGUUAUGAGUCCACGAAAUUGCCCCACUAUAAAGUCAUGGACUUUCUGCUCAAGGAUUUCAGACAAAAGACAGAUAUGGUAUAUUUCAACCAGCGAGAGCUUUUCGACAAGAAAAAGGAAGCCAAUAGCAAGGAGAAGGCUAAGAACUUGGCCCAGGAGGUCAAGACCAAUAUUCGCCUGAUCAAGGGAAUGUACAUGAGUGGACAAGUGUAA